CAUAGUGUUUCUAUUGGAUGGGUCAGAUGAAACACGGACAGGCUUCCCAGCAAUGAAAAGCUUUGUCCAAAAAGUGGUAGAAACACUCAGCAUUGGUGAAAACAAAGACCGUGUUUCUGUGAUCCAGUACAGCAGAGAUCCACAGACACAUUUCAAUUUGAACACCCACAUGGAAAAACAAGAUGUUCUUAAUGCUAUCCAGCAGUUGAACCAUAAAGGGGGAAGUCCCCGCCACACUGGGACAGCUUUGGACUAUGUGAGAGAGAAAGCCUUUGCUGACACCUCAGGGAGUAGGCACCAAGAAGGUAUCCCUCAAAUAUUGAUUCUAUUGAGUGGCGGAAAAUCUGAGGAUGAUGUUGAAAGUGCAGCUGUGGCUCUAAAACAGGACAAGGUUGUUCCAUUCUGUGUAGGUACAAGAAAUGCAGACAUACUUGAGCUCCAAAUGAUAGCACAUAAUCCUUCCUAUUCUUUUACUGUACUUCGAUUUGAUGAUAUUGGGAGCAUCCACCAACAACUUAUGUCAUUUGUGAAACGGGUGCCUCGACAGCAGCCAAGGCUAAAAUCACAAAGUGCAUUAGGUCAAACUGGAUCCAUUCAGCGUGAUGUUGUAUUUUUACUGGAUUCCUCAGAUGAAAUGCAAAUUGAAUUUCAAGGAAUGCUUGGCUUUGUUGAGAGAAUGGUAGCGAAGCUCAAUGUGGAUGAUGGCAAUGACCGUGUUUCAGUGGUGCAGUACAGCAGGAGCCCCUCUGCAGAUUUUUUUCUGAACACAUACAAAACACAACAGAAUGUUGUGGACAAUGUGCAACAUCUCAGGCAUAAAGGAGGCAGACCUCUCAAUACUGGUGCAGCCCUCCAGUACGUCAAGGAUAAUAUUUUUACAGCCUCUUCUGGAAGUAGGCACCAACAGGGAGUUCCUCAGUUUUUGGUUCUCAUAACUGGUGGGCGGUCCAAUGAUGAUGUCAGAAAAGCUGUGGAAAAUCUAAAAGAAAUUGGUGUGAUGGUGUUUGUCUUUGGAAUAAAGAGUGCUGAUAUUCUUGAGGCUCAGACAAUUUCACAGGAAUCAAGUCGAGCUUUCUUUGCAGCCGAUUCCAGUGGUCUUUCACAGAUUGAACCAUUAUUGACUGACACAAAGAAUGGUGAAACCCCAGCUCUCACACCGACAUCAUAUGAUUCCAGCAGAAGAGAUGUUGUAUUCUUGCUUGAUGGUUCUGAUGACUCUCAACAAAGAUUCCCAGAUAUUCAAGACUUUGUGGCGAGAAUAGUGACAGAGCUAAACAUCAAUGCAAACAAUGAUCAUGUGGCUGUGGUUCAGUACAGUAACACAGCAGAAAUAAAUUUUGAUUUGGGACGUUAUUUGACAGAGGAUGAUGUGCUCAAAGCAGUAAGAGGUCUACGUCACAAAGGUGGCUAUCCUCACAACACUGGAGCAGCUCUUCAAUAUGUGAGGGACCACAUAUUUACUUCUGAGUCAGGUAGUAGAAUCCAAGAAGGAGUUCCACAGAUACUUGUACUGCUGAGUGGUGGAAGAUCUGGAGAUGACAUAAGAACCCCAGUCAAAAUGCUGAAAGAGAUUGGCAUCAUCUCAAUCGCCAUUGGAACAAUUCAUGCUGACACCUUAGAGCUUCAGACCAUAUCUCGUGAACCCACUUAUGCACUCUCAAUUACUGAUUAUGAAGAACUUCCCUCUGCUACACGGGAUGUGUUGUCAUUGAUGAGAGAGGCAUCCCACCAUAUAGAAGAAAGGGUUCCCACAAAUGGUUUUGAUUCUAAGAAAAAUGAUGUAGUGUUUCUUAUUGAUGGAUCAUAUGACUCACGGAAUGGCUUUGAAGAGAUACGAGGAUUUGUAGAAAAAGUUGUUGAAAGUUUAAAUAUAGGUGAAAAUCGAGACCAAGUGGCUGUUGUUCAAUAUAACCGUGAUGCCACGGUGAAUUUCUACUUGAAUUCCUAUUCAUCCAAGAAUGAUGUGAUGAGUUCUAUUAGAACAAUGAGGCACAAGUUGGGACGGCCACUCAAUAUUGGCAAAGCACUGGCAUUUGUCAAGGAUAAUGUCUUUGCUGCUUCUGUUGGUGGCAGACGUGAAGAUUCAGUGCCCCAGUAUCUGUAUGUUUUUAGUGGUGGCCGAUCAGGGGAUGAUGUCAGAGGACCAGCACAGUCGCUCAAAGAAAAUGGAAUAAAGACAUUUAGUAUUGGAACAGAGAAUGCUGAUACCUUGGAAAUGCAAACCAUUUCUUUGACACCUGCACACUAUUUCCAUGUCACAAACUUCAAUAAUCUGCAAAGUUUACAUCCGUCUUUGGAAACAGCACUGAAGGGUAAUCAAGAAACAACACAAAUUCCAGGUGUUAUUGACAGAAUUGCAGAAUUAGAACUUGCUGAUAUUGUUUUCCUAUUGGAUGCAUCUGAUGAAACGCAAGCAAGUGAAAUACUUGUUUUGGAUUUUGUCAGAGAAUUUGUCAAGCAAACAGAAAUUGGUCCAAGCAAAGUACAAGUUGCUUUGGUUCAGUACAGUACAGAACCCACAAUUAAUUUUCUACUGAACACAUACUCACUAAGAGAUGCCGUCAUGAGUCAUUUGAGCAAUGUGAAACUCAAAGGCGGUUCCAGUUUGAACACUGGAAUAGCCCUGGAUUAUGUGAAGAACAAUGUGUUGACUGUUUCAUCUGGAAGCAGAGCCCAGCAGGGAGUCCCACAGAUAUUAAUUCUUUUAAGUGGUAGAAAAUCAGACGAUGAUGUCUUGACUCCUGUGGACCAGCUGAGAAAGGCUGGGAUUGUCCUUUUCAAUAUUGGGGUUAAUAAUGCAGACAGAAUGGAGCUGGAGCAAUUCGCUCAGAGUCCAAAGGCAUUGUUUUUUAUCAAGGAGAAGUCUGACAUUCCCCUUAUGAAAGAACGUUUGCUCUCAGCCAUUGCAUCUCACAAAGGCACAUUCAUCCCUGGUGUAGAUUUUGGUAAUCUCCCUCACAUUCAUCAACGUUUAAUGAAUCAUAUAAUGCAAGUGGGAGUUGAGGAAGAAACAAAAAAUGUGGAGAAAAAAAGAGCUGGGAGGGAUGUUGUGUUCUUGUUGGAUGGAUCUGAUGGUACGAGAACAGGAUUCCCAGCUAUGCAAGUCUUUGUGCAAAGAGUAGUAGAGACACUCAGUGUGGAUGACAACAAAGACCGAGUCUCAGUGGUUCAGUACAGCAGAGAUCCAGCCGUCCACUUCUAUCUGAACACAUACACAACAAAAGGCGAGAUCCUUGACACCGUCAGAGGCUUGAGGCACAAAGGCGGGCAACCCCUCAACACUGGAGCAGCUCUCCAGUACUUGAGAGAUAAUGUAUUUGCGGCCUCUGCUGGAAGCAGGCUCCUGGAUGGAGUUCCACAGGUGCUAAUUCUGCUAAGCGGGGGAAGGUCUUAUGACAGUGUCGAUGCCCCAGCCUCUGCUCUCAAACAGCAGGGCAUCUUUGUGAUUGGCAUUGGAAGAAGGGGCUCUGAUUUUGGGGAGCUGCAGAAGAUAUCACAUGACCCUGGUGUUGCUCUAAAAGUGUCUGAAUUCACUGACCUUCCCACUGUCCAGCAGCAGCUUCAGUCCUCCUUGGAGACUGCAGUUAUCGACGUCAGCCCAGAAUCACCCACAGUACUUGUUGACACUGCCAAAAAGGAUAUCGUAUUCCUUCUGGAUGGUUCUGAUGGCACAAGGAAUGCCUUCCCUGCCAUGCUCGAUUUUGUUGAGAAAGUGGUGGAGAAACUGAAAGUGGGCGCAAACAAAGACCGCGUGUCUGUGGUCCAGUACAGCAGAGAUGCAGAGGCUCAUUUCCAUCUGAACACAUACACCACAAAAGAGGAUAUCGUGGAUUCAGUCAGGGGGCUGAGACACAGAGGAGGUAGACCUCUUAACACUGGGGCAGCCCUCCAGUACGCCAGGGACAAUGUCUUUACAAACUCCUCCGGGAGUAGACGGCUGCAAGGUGUCCCACAGAUGUUGAUCCUACUCAAUGGCGGAAGGUCUUUUGACAGUGUUGAUGCCCCAGCCUCUGCUCUCAAAAAGCAGGGCAUCUUUGUGAUUGGCAUUGGAGCAAGGGGCUCUGAUGUCGGGGAGCUGCAGAGGAUAUCAUAUGACCCUAGUGUUGCUCUAAAAGUGUCUGAGUUCACCGACCUCCCCAGUGUCCAAGAACAGCUCUCCUCUGUAAUGAGCACAGUGCUAGUAAGGGCCACGGCCAUGACACCGACAGUAACUGUGGAGAAAAAACCCACUGGGAGGGAUGUUGUGUUCUUGUUGGAUGGAUCUGAUGAUACUAGAACAGGAUUCCCAGCUAUGCAAGACUUUGUGCAAAGAGUAGUAGAGACACUCAGUGUGGAUGACAACAAAGACCGAGUCUCAGUGGUUCAGUACAGCAGAGAUCCAGCUGUCCACUUCUAUCUGAACACAUACACAACAAAAGGCGAGAUCCUUGACACCGUCAGAGGCUUGAGGCACAAAGGCGGGCGACCCCUCAACACUGGAGCAGCUCUCCAGUACUUGAGAGAUAAUGUCUUUGCGACCUCUGCUGGAAGCAGGCGCCUGGAUGGAGUUCCACAGGUGCUAAUUCUGCUAAGCGGGGGAAGGUCUUAUGACAGUGUCGAUGCCCCAGCCUCUGCUCUCAAACAGCAGGGCAUCUUUGUGAUUGGCAUUGGAAGAAGGGGCUCUGAUUUUGGGGAGCUGCAGAAGAUAUCACAUGACCCUGGUGUUGCUCUAAAAGUGUCUGAAUUCACUGACCUUCCCACUGUCCAGCAGCAGCUUCAGUCCUCCUUGGAGACUGCAGUUAUCGACGUCAGCCCAGAAUCACCCACAGUACUUGUUGACACUGCCAAAAAGGAUAUCGUAUUCCUUCUGGAUGGUUCUGAUGGCACAAGGAAUGCCUUCCCUGCCAUGCUCGAUUUUGUUGAGAAAGUGGUGGAGAAACUGAAAGUGGGCGAAAUGUCCAAGAACAGCUCUCCUCUGUAA